AUAUGGCAUCCUAGAGUUACUAGGGCGGAACAUUGUUUUGUUUUCGAUUUACGAAAAUUUGACUGAGAAAGGUUAUGAGAUCAAAUUUCACGCGGAAAGGCUUCUACUGUCCCGGAGGAACUGGGUACCAAUGAUAUGCCAAGAAUUGUCCCCUCCACCCAAAGUUGUGUUCCACUCCUUGAAGUUCUUCAAAUUUACCUCGUCGGAGUAUUCGCCUUCAUAUAAGGCUUCGUUCUGUUAUCAAAAGUUGCUUUUGCAGAUUUCACGAUAUGGCCAAACCUGGGGAUGCUGACAAACAGUAUAAGUUGGUUGUGGUCGGAGGCGGAGGGGUUGGUAAAUCUGCGUUAACUAUACAGUUUAUUCAAUCGCAUUUUGUGAGUGACUAUGAUCCUACGAUCGAAGACAGCUAUCGUAAACAGUGUGUCAUCGACGAAAAAGUUGCCCAUUUAGACAUACUCGAUACAGCUGGUCAAGAGGAAUUUAGUGCAAUGAGAGAACAAUACAUGCGGAAUGGUGAAGGAUUUUUAUUAGUUUUCUCGGUAAUAGAUCGUUCAAGCUUUGAAGAAGUAAAGCGUACAUUUCAUCCACAGAUACUUCGCGUGAAAGACAGGUCAGAGUUCCCAAUGAUUUUGGUUGGAAACAAGUCUGACUUAGAACCAGAAAGAACAGUGUCAACAUCUGAAGGCCAGGAACUGGCUAGUGAACUCAAGAUUGAGUAUAUAGAAACCAGUGCUAAACAAAGAACCAAUGUUGACGCAGCAUUUCACAACCUUGUGAGAGCUAUCAGAAAAUUUUAUGCACAGCUGGAAGAACAAGGAAAGAAAAACAAUCCCAGGAAGAAAAGCAGAUGUCUAAUUUUGUGACCCUUUUCGUUUCAUUCUAUUAGGACUUUAUAUUUGUUUGAAAAUCUUUAUGUUAGAGCAUGAGAUGAUUGAAAAGUUGUCAAAUUUCUGAACAAGCCAGCGUGCUUGCUCAGAAAGAGAGAAACACUAGAGAAGAACUAUGUUUCACGUUAUUUUUGUACAAAAUAUGCAUGUGGCGUUGGGCUAAAUUAAUUAAUACAGGACGGCAUCUUAAUACAAAUUACUUUUUUCAGUGUGAAGAGUGAACGAUAGAGAAAUUUGUGUGAAUUCCUUGUUGUAAAAAGUCUGUUACAGACAAACCUUAACUACAUGUAUGCAAAUAGAUGUAUGAAUUCAUGUUAUGAUAAUCUAACUUCUAACAAGCCAUGGUGAAAAGACUUGAUUUUUCACAGCAAAUUUUUUAAACCUCUAACCCCUAAAAGUAUGAUGAGCAUCUAGUUUCCCACAACAGUAUUAUCCUUGAAUUAGCAUUAAGGCCACGAGAAUAAAGGAAAUGAUCACAAAUUUAAGAAGCUCUUGAUUGUUAGGCAAAUUCUCCCUAUAGGUACCACGGGAAAUGUAUUGGGUACGAUAUGGAGAACUUGCAUGCUGAUCUUAGGAUGUAAGGGGUUUAGAAGAAAUUAAUGUGCGUAGAUGCUCCAACAAGAUUCUUGUUUCGCUCCAUGACCUUGUAUUGUAUACUUAAUAUUAUCAAUAACAAAAUUGUAGUCUAAAAGCUUUUUACCUAAUAUCUAGACAUAUUUAUCACGAGAUAACAGUAUUUUUUUUCUCGCUACUUUUGUAUUUUUUGUCUUAUUAUAUUAAUGUUCUGAAGUGGAUUUCCCGGAGCGAUACAUGUUGACAUCACGGAAGAGAUUUUGCUAGUAUUUGUUUAAAUCUAAUAAAUGAAAUAAACAUUCCAUCAGUUACUUGA